AUGUCAGUUGGUCCUAAGAGGAAGGCUAUGGAUGGCACAGAGGAUAUCUUGAGUGACCUACCGCGAAACGUAAUAGAUUGUAUCCUAGAUAGCAUGCCUCUUCGAGAUGCAGCAAGAACAAGUAUUUUGUCAAGCAAGUGGAGGUAUAUUUGGAUGGAAAAUCCACAACUAGUGCUCGACAACCUCUUCUAUGAAGAGACCAUAAAAAAGAAACAUUAUACCAAAGACAAAUUUGAGAGCAUAGUCAAUAAAAUUCUCUUACUUCACACUCACAGGUUCUCCAUUCUGAAAUUUGUUCUUUACAUUCCAAAUAUCUAUGCUGAUGAGAGCCCAGACUUUGACCAUUCGAUACUAGUCCUUUCAAGGAGUAUCAAGGAACUCACAUUUGAUAAUGAAAAUUCCCAUCCUUAUAAAUUGCCUUCUGGUAUUUUUUCUUGUCCAGAACUGACAUAUUUGAAGCUCCAUAAUUGCAUAAUCAAGCCACCACAUACAAUGAAAUGCUUUCGUAAUCUUAUUAGCCUCCAUUUUAAGGAAAUCAGCUUUUCCACCAAUAUACUUGGAACUCUAUUCUCCAGCGCCCCUUUACUUGAGAAACUUUAUUUAAUAAGUUGCACUGGUAUUGACCAUUUUAAUAUCCGUGCUCGAGAACUACAGCUUCUGUUUAUUUCAUGUAUUUCUGGAUUUAAGUCAAUCGUUUUUAGAAACACCCUAAAUCUUACUAAUGUCACUAUUGCUCCACAAUAUAAAGUUAAUAACCCCCAGUGGGUUAAAACCACCAAUUUGAUUGAGCUUGUAGGUAGUUUGCCUAGAGUUGAGGCACUACAAUUGGAUGGCUUUCUUCUCAAGGUUUUAGCUGCAGUUACUGUCACAAAGAGGCUUCCAACAGUUAAGCACUGGAUGUAUUUAACUUUACAUAACAAAAAUUUCAAUGAUUUAGAUCAGAUUUCGUGCACUCUUUGCUUGCUUAAAAGCGUUACUAACUUGUGGAGCCUUGAGAUUAAGGCCUAUGCCCCAAAGGAAGAGACUGUUGUGGAACCGAUUUCCAAUUUUUUGGAAGAACCUGAUUGCAUGGACCUGAAACAGAACACACUUCGAAUUGUGAAGAUUAGCCUUCACAAGUAUUGUUGGAGGGCCGGACUGAUUUUCAUGAAGUUUUUACUUGCCCAUUGCCUAUUGCUUGAGAAAAUGUAUGUCAAGCAUGAAGUCAUUGAUGUAAGUGAAGGAUUUCGGAUCUCAAAAGAGUUGAUGCAGUAUCCUCGAGCUUCACCAAAAGCAGAAUUAAUGUUCGAGGAAUCCAUUGUGAGUUAUUUCCUUUUGCAAAGUAUUACUGGAAAUGCAAAUGUUAAGAAAACUUCAGUGAUCACUUCUUCCAAGGCGAUCCAGGAAACUCGAAACCUUGGUGACUGA